UUUUAUCACAUUUCUUUUCUUCCAUAUGACCUUCCUUCUCUCAAUGUCUUCUUUCUCACUCUUCUUCUCUCACAGCCCAGCUUCCUUUGUUUCAAAAGUUUUUGGCACUUACUUUCUUCUCACUUUCGAGCACUCUUCAUGGAUCCUUUAAUCAAUACUGCAUGAGUCUAUUUACUGCCAUUGCAGGAACUCUAGAGCUUGAGCAGACUUGUGGUCGUCCCCUGGGAAUGCGCUUUGACAGAUAUGGAAUCAAUCUGAUAGUAGCUGAUGCAUAUUAUGGACUACUUGAGGUGAAUCCCAGGGCUCGAACAGUUAACACCCUUGUACCUUCUGCACCGGGAAUAAAUGGCAAGCCAUUUCGUUUUGUUAAUGACCUGGACAUUGCACGUGAUGGUACAAUCUACUUCACCGAUUCAAGCACUAAAUGGCAGAGGUGCCAAGUGCCUCAUAUAAUGUUUGAAGGAGAAGCUACAGGCAGAUUAAUGGCAUAUCACCCCAAAACUGGAGACAUGGAAGUAUUAAUGGAAGGCCUUCACUUUGCUAAUGGUGUACAGCUUUCACCUGAAGGAGAUCACGUCCUUGUGGCAGAAACUACUAUGUCAAGGAUAAUGAAGUAAGGAUCAUGUUUUUCAAUAUUGCCAGUUGUUGGCAGAGACAUAGCUUGAUAUUGUGCUUUUCAUAAACACACGAACUCUAAAGUUCAAAAGCCACCUUCACAAUAUUAAUAAUAAUAAUUGCAUUCGUAGUUGCCUUCAGUCAUAAUUACCAUCACAAGCAACGAACAUUGAAACACAGAAACACAAAAAAGAUCAAAAUCUACCAAUCACAAAUCACAAAACAUAACCUUUUGAACCCAUUAAAGUAAAGUUCUGUUUCCUAAAAGGUCUGCUAAGAUGAUUGACACCAGCAAAAAACUCAAAUGUAAUUUGGCUUUUGAACUUCAGAAUACGCAUGUUUUUCAAAAGUGCAGUAAAAUAUUGUGCAUAAUCCUGCAACCAAAACGUUGGCAAACAUUGUGAUGUCAUACUCUCUCUCUCUCUGUUCAGAUAUUAUAUCAAAGGGGAACAUGAAGGCAAGUCUGAGGUUUUUGUGCAAAACUUACCUGGAGUUCCCGAUAAUAUUCGCUUGAGCAGUCGAGGCGGCUACUGGGUUGGUAUUUCCAUGACACGAACUGAAACCACCCACCUGAUAGAACAGUAUCCCAGAGCAAGGAACUUUUUGGCAAAGGUAACAAUCAAUAUUGCUUAAGUCAGAGUACUGUGAUUCAAUGUCAUCUACAUUCUCCCAACUCUUUUACCAGGGUUAGCUUGUAUCUCAAGUCUGAAGAAAGUGUAAAAUUCACUAGUGUUUGGUGUUACUCAUACUUUUUUGACCCAACUCCAUUAACAGCAUAAAACAGAUCAGUGUAGGCACAUGUCUGUGUGUUCCACCCCCUUUUUUGGAGACCAGUAACUAAUAUUAUAGAUAUACUGGUAUAAUAUAGAAUAAAUGUACAAAAGUUAAAGUCCCCAUAUGGUUGUAUUAUUUAUUUGUCUUGCUGUGUGGUUUGGCAACUGAGCACCCUGCUUUAGGGAAGAAAUCUCAAAGUCAAGAAAUGAAAAAUAAUUCAUUAAUAAACAACUUGAAGCAAAUCUUCAAAUUAUUGAUAAUCAAAACAUGAAAAUUAGGUGUACAGGAGUUUAAACAGUCAUGUAGCUGCAGUUUUAGUCUUUAUGUUAAAAAAAAAGAUAGAUACACAUUUACAGUAAGAGUGAUUCUUAAAAUAUGGUAAUCACUUGUUCAAAUGUUGUGCUUUUCUAGCUCUGUUUGCUACGAGUUAUAAUAUUGGUAGUUUUGUAGAACUAAUGUCACUCAUUAUUGAACAUGGUUAUAGGUAUUCUCUCUGACAUCACUUGCAAGUCUUCUCGAUAAACCUGGACAUGGUUUUAUUGUGGAACUGGAUGAAAAUGGUCAAAUUAUCAAAAGUCUGCAUGACCCGACAGGAAAUGUUGUGCCAGAUGUAAGCGAGGUACAUGAUGAAGGUGAUACUCUCUGGCUUGGUUCCGUCAAGGCUAAAUACAUCGCAAAGCUUGAACUGAACAAUUGAACACACUGACAUGGCCAAAGAAUAUCACCAUUCCUCAAUAAAAGGAUACAAUUAUUAUGGAGUCAAAGCACAGAUGUGUAGAUGCUAGAUUAGAAAUAGUUGUUUUGUUGGUUAGCAAACAAACUCUAAUGCCAUUGAAAUUAGACCCCAAAAAAAUGAUAGAAAUGGAGACAAAUUACAUGUAGUUGAAUGUGUUCUGACAAUGAUAC